AUGGAGUCUAAGCUGGAGAAACGUGUCGAGGAAAUAAUGAGCAUGCCUGGAAUAACUGGUGUUUGUGUGGCGGACAGUAAUGGCCUUUCUUUAUCAGCAAAGGGAUCAUUGAAGGCUGAGGUUGCUCCAUUGGGAUCUCAACUUCUUACCUUAUGCUCACUGAUGGAGCCAGCAAGUGCUCUUCCUCCUCAAGUCUCACUACUAAGUGAUCAUGGAAAGGUCACUUUCUCAAAGCAUGAAGACCUCAUAUUGGCCGUUCACCAGAACAACUAA